CUGAGAGAUACGGUACGGGUUGUCUUGACGAAACCCCCCUGGACUUUCAGAACCGAAAACGGGAGAAAUUAGUGAACUGCAACGGACCGUAACGAAAGACACGGAAUUCACUCUUCCUUUGAUUGUGUGAGGCACUGUAGCAGAGAGGAAGGCAUCACUCCCUUACCCAACCCACUCCCCAAACCCCAUCCCACCCCACCACCUGUCCCGCCUGCCAUGGUCUCGGCCCCUCCACUCUGCAGCAGUGUGCACGGCUGGGUCAGUGCUGACCACGUCCGCCUGUGCAGCAUCAACGAAGAACGAGCAUCAUAUACCGAAGAUUCCCCAGGUGUACAACUGCAAGCAGCACUCUGUAAGGAAUGUGGUGUUAACAGCGAUCACAUGCAGGUGGAUCCCACACAGAUGAAUAUUGGGGAUGGGGGUGCAGUGAGCACAGAGGGCAGCACUCCAAACAAGGUGGCGGAAAGCAUGGUGGGGAAUCCUCCAUCUCAGCCCUUACCUCCCGAGCUCAUUACAGACGUGCCCCUCAGCCAGCAGUCUAAACUCGCUCCAGAAGCCGACCUCAAAACCUCAGAUGUCUCCGCAAAAGGCAGUCAACUGAAACACUGCUUGGAGGCUCCUCCAAGACGUUAUGACAACAGCCCUUUGCUACGGCCUGCACCGGCAAACGCUGCAUCGCACGAGAAACCCGAGGUCCCCAGGAUCAACGUAGAAGGUGCUGUGGUCAUUCCCUGUGGUAAAAGGGAAAACGCAGAGGUCUCUGCGAUCCCCAGUCCCAGCACUGCAAACCCUGUGAAAAGGCCACCUGCACAGGUCCAGUCUGUGAUUAGUCUUUCCCCAGGGUUUCAGAGCUCCACUCACUUUAAAACAGGCCAACCCAUGGCCUUUAUCCCCACCAAUAACCUCAGCUCUCCCGUGUGCAAGAUCACUCUUCCCCCUGCUUUGGGCCAGAUCGCAGCUUUGAGAGAGGCUACAGCUAACCAGCUCAGUAAAGUGUGCCAGCUGCAAAGCUCAGGCUCCAAUAUGACACCGCAGCUCCGGCCAUAUCCUUACCAGUUUUCCAUUGGUAGAGUUAUAGCGCCAGAAAGUAAAACCCCUUCGGCAGCACCAAAACAGACAACUGGCUCUGCUUCCUCCACCAAGAAUUCCAAAGCAGGCAAAGAGCAUGAUUCGCUGCUGGAUUCUGGAGCCUCACCCACCAUUGCUGUCCCAUUAAAGCAGCCAACAUUAGGCUCUGUUCCCGCGCCCUCUGUCUCACUCCCGCCUUCCUCUCGUGUUGGCUGCAGCCCAACCCUAGCCACCCUCGCCGCUCAUGGCAGACUGCUGAACCACAUGGAGAAACGUCCAUUACAUCACAGCGCUGAAAAGACAUCGCAUACGCACAUAAAACUCAAGUCCUCAUGUGCCACAGAGGAGCAGACUGUUACAUGCUCACCUGAAGCGAGGGACAUGCCUCUUGACUUGUCUUCAAAGUCUAAAAGACAGAAGUGUGUUGCAGCAACUCCAAAAACGUCACAAAUGGAACCCUGCCUUGUAGAAGCUGGGAAAAAUGACCCCACUUCUCCAAAGCGGGUUCCUCGGGCACAGGCCUCUGGUCUUGCGCCUGCUGUUUCUUACGCCAUCUUUCCAGACACCCUCAGAAAUGGUGCCCUUCCAAAGAAUUCCACUGGCUUCGCGAAUCACAAGGUCCUCGAACCAUCUGCACCCUGGGCUAAAAGUUGUGCACAGGGUUCCAUAAACCUCCCAGGAACUUAUGUGGGUGUGGCCAGCCCUGUGCUCGCCUCCACCCUGCGCAGUAAGGAUGGAAAGGGUGCUGCGUUUUUGGAAGACCCUCAAAGCACAGCAAAACAGGAGACCAUCUCUAUCAUUGAUCAAGGGGAGCAGCUGGUCUCUCGGGGAAAGAAAGGACUAUCUGUAACUAAGGAUCCACAGCAAUGCGUCCACUCGAAACACUCAAGCAGUGUUCCUCUAGCUGGAGCACAGCAGGGUCAGCCCAAGGAUGUUUUCCCUGUAGCUUUGUCUGGCUCUGCUAAGUCACAUCUUCAGUGUAAGCUGACCAGUGGGAAAACAGUCAUCCCACAUUCUCCGAAUGGCAACAAGGCAGCAUGGCACCAGCUAGCUCUCCUGUCCCACCAGGGAGCCUCCACAGUGCAGAAAAAAGGCUCUCAAGGAACCUCCCAAUUACAGGUGACCAGUGGAAACGAGGGUACCCCUCUUCAGAGCCCUCACACAAACCCACCCCAGACAAUGGAAGAAAAGUGGGACAAAAGUAAGUCCCCUCUGUCCAAUCUAGAGUCCAUAGUGAAGCAAAAAGCUCUGGAGACAUCAGUCCUCUCCAGUGAUGGGUGCUGUAAUCUGGCAACCUCAGACCCAAGGGGGCCUGAAGCAGUGACUGUGCACAGUGGAUGCCAAGACACCCCAUCUCGCCAGAUCACAGCUGGAGAGUUCCCGCCAUUCAGAUCUGUGAAGAAGAGAGACGGAAAGCUUUUGAAAGAUCCCUCCAUGGGGGAUCACCAUCAAGCUACGGGCAAGCAAGAGAAGAGGACUUCUGCAGAGCUCAGAGAAAAGUCUGCAGAGACGCAUUUCAGGCAGGAAGAAAACUCGGGAGCUGAGGAGCACUCAAACCCUUCGAGACUUUCCCUUCAGAGACAAACGUUUGGUGAGGGUGGUCCUCCUGACAAGAUCAGAAGGGCAACCAAGCUGACCAAGGGGCCAGAGGAGGAGAAGAUGGAAGGGAGGCCGGUCACCGAGAGCCUCUCUCCAUGUGUGAAGUUAGAAGGCAUCGCUUUCUCCCUCCUCAAGGGUCAGUGCACAGCUCCAGCUGAACCGAAGAAAAAAAGCAGCGGAACCAAAGAGGCGAGCGAUGCCCCUUCUAAAAGUAAAACAGCAGUCAACAAGUGUAAAAAGCUCAGUUCCAGUAAGCAUGAUCAACCAAUGACAGAAACUACAGCAAAGACCACAGAAUGCAUGAAGAAACUGCAGGCGAAUGAGGGCCCUCUAACCAAGCAAGACCAUCCGUCAAAGAAAAGGAAGCGGUCGGUACCUGCACUGAAGCUGAGCCAGCCAGGCGCAGUUGAGGUGAAGAGGAAUCGUGUGGGGAGGUGCAGCUUGUCCACUGUGGAGCAGCUCUCUCACGGCGAUGCUGGUGGCGUUAGCAGUGCCUUCACAGCUUCGCGGGGCACAGGAUCCCCAAAUUCACGGCACAGCAGUCCCCUUGGCCCAGGGAAGGAGGGGGGGGCGCUCAGGGGUGACAGCGUUCCCAGGCCGAGGAGAGGCCGCCGGCCAGCGGAGGAAGUGCCUCAGGUCAACUGGAGCCCCCCUGCCCUGCCCUCUCCCCCUGCCCCUCCCCCUCCCCCGCCCCCACCUGCCCCAUUCCGCCGGCCGAGGGGCAGGCCUCGCUCGAACCCGCUGCCCGACCAGGCGCACUGGGGCACCAUGGCACCCUCACACGGCAGCGAGGGAGAUGCGCCAGUGGGGAAGAAGAGGAGGCGUCGGCGGAACAGGAAGUACCAGAACGGAGAGUACAUCGUGGAGAGGGAGCAGGCCAGGGCAGGAGCGGAGGAGAAGUGCGUGACCACGCGGCAGGCUGCUCGAGCGGGGGCAGACCUGAAGGCCACAGGAGUGCACCCCCGCCACAGCACCACACCGCCGUGCCGGGGCACCAGCCCAGACAGCAGCCCCAGGAGGGCUCUGCUCACACGCUCAGGGUCCGCGCGCCGCCCGGAGUCCCAGGCUACUCCAGAGCCCACCGACAAGCCCUCGGGGAAGAGGAAAUUCAAGAGCAAACACUUGAGUGAGGCAGAAGAGGACAGGAAGCUCAAGACCAAACGUGGGCACUCAGGAAAGCGGUCCGCCUCUCUUGUCGCUGACGCAAACAGCCCACCAGCAAAAAGAAUCCCAUCCCUGGGCUCCGUUGCUAGCCCAAAGGGUCUGUCCUCCCCCCUGACCAGUAGAAGAGGAAGCGCUGGGAGGGCAGGUGCUCUGGAGACCCCCUCUGGCCGGCCCAUGCCUCCUGAAGUGCGGCGGCUCAUCGUCAACAAGAAUGCUGGGGAGACCCUCCUUCAGAGAGCUGCCCGUUUGGGCUACCAGGAGGUUGUUCUGUACUGUCUGGAGAAAGAUGUGCGGGAGGUGAACCGUCGUGACAAUGCUGGGUACACUGCUCUUCACGAGGCCUGUGCGCGGGGUUGGGCGCGCAUAGUCCGAGUGCUGCUGGAGCACGGGGCGGACGUCAACUGCAGCGCUCAGGAUGGGACACGCCCGAUUCAUGACGCGGUGGUCAAUGACAAUUUAAGUGUGGUGUGGAUGCUGCUGAAUCAUGGGGCGGACCCUACUCUGGCAACCUACUCUGGACAGACGGCACUGAAACUGGCCCAGAGCAACAACAUGAAAACCUUUCUCAUGGAAUACAUUGCAGAUCUGGAGGGGCGGAAUGAACAGGAUCCCAGCCUACACUGGGAUUUCUACAGUAGUGCAGUUUUCGAAACUGAUGAGAGGGCAUGCUGGGAUUUCCUGCUCUCCCUGCCGGAGGAAGAGGAGAAGGGUGAGGGAAGAGAGAAGGAAGGAGAGGAGAGGACCGGCGAGGACUGCUUCAUGUUUGAGUUCUCUGCCGAGCCCCUGUUACCCUGCUACCAUAUCCAAGUGUCACUAACCCAAGGCUUCUGCAACUGGUUCCUCCUGUCUGAUGUCCUGAGGCGCCUCAAGAUGUCCGCUCGGAUAUUCAGGGCACGGUAUCCACACUUCGAGGUGGUGGGAAUCUCCUGCGCGGAGCUGUACCGGCAGGUGUCCGUCAGCCAGGUGACGCCGGUGCCCGGGGAGCUUCAGUCGGCCGACGAGGAGGGGGAGGGGACGGUGGAGCUGGUGCGCUGCGUCCCGGACUUGCAGGGACUGCUGGGCUCCAGCGUGCAGCUUCUGGAGGAGGAGCCGUUGUCAGACGCAGCCAGGCCUUGCAGCCGGUAGCUGCUAACCCCCCUCCACUAACUCCCCUUUCCCACCUUCUGCCACACCAAUGUCAGUUCCCUGUCAGAACUCUGCCUCCCACAGUGGCAGAUCAAAAUGGGAUGUCGCGUCCCAUGCAAAACAAACAGAACCAGCAAUUUGAAUCCUAAGAAGGUACAGUGUUGUCUUUUCUGAUUUGUAGGUACCCUCUUUUCCAGUGUUAAAAGUGUUUUUUAAGGUACACACCACACGAGCAACCUGUGGCUUCCACAGCAUAAGUCUCUACUUAAUUGCUUCACUCCUGAGAGGAACAGAAGCGGAAGUCUCUAUGCGUGAACCCAUGUGGGAACUCAGUAGUCCAUGGUUCACUGUAUUUGUUUUUCAAUGUCAAGCAAAUGCUCUAUACAAUUUAACAUGCACAUAAAAAAAUCAUGUGUUCAUCUUAAUAUCUGGGUUAACUCAGCUGUUGUUGUA